CACCUUCAUUUGUGUUCCUGCUGUGCUACUUGUGUAAUCGUCCUCUUGACGGACUAGGACUAACGUCUUACAAUUAGUCAACUAUCGGUCGCACAUUGGAGACUUGUUCCAUAUUGGAAUGGAUACGCUUAAUUAUGGAAAGACAAUAUUGCGUGAAAUGAUGUCCCGCGUAAUGCCCCGUGUUUUCGGGACGCCCCUUCAAAACAUGCCCAUCUCGGAUUUUCGCAAGAAGAAACUUCUCUACGUUUUUCACGUUUUUUUCGAUGUUAACCAAAGUGGAACCAUCGAUAGAAAGGAUUUUGAGCUUGCAAUAGAGAAAAUAUGUACACUGCGAGGAUGGGCAUCUGGGACAGAGCAGUAUAAGAAAACGUACGAAAGCAUGAUCCAGAUCUGGGACGGACUGAGACAGAGAGCCGAUUCAAAUAUGGAUGGACAGGUCAGUGUGGAGGAAUGGGCUUCGAUGUGGAACGAGUACGCUAAGAAUCCCGAAAAUGCGUUAGAAUGGCAAACACAAUAUUUGAGGUUCAUGUUUGAGCUAGAAGAUGCCAGCGGCGACGGCAGCAUCGAUGUUGAUGAAUUUACAAGCGUUUGCUCCUGCUACGGACUGGAACCAUCAGAGUGUAAAGAAGCUUUUCAAAAAAUGUCUUGUGGCAAGAAAGAAGUAAACUACGAGCAGUUUGUCACACUGUGGAAACAGUUUUUCACUUCAGAAAACCCCUCUGAUCCUGGAAAUUUUAUUUUUGGAAAAACUAAAUUUUAACCUUUUUUUGAUGAUUAUGUUUAGAGGGAACGUAAACGUUUCGUACCUUUUCUUCAGAAGUCUUGCUUGUGAACUGUUUUAAAUACAUACUACAUAUUUAAAAAAAAAGUAUAUCAAUAUCUAAUACCUACUUAUUAAUUGUUACCUACAGUUAUGUUACCCCGAACUCGUAAACUUAUAUGUAGAUUCACGUUCUUCUACUAACUUAUCCUGUCAACAAACUGCAACACUUGACAUAAUUUAUUAACAAAUGCAUAUCUAACAAUAGAAAAGUACUAAAAAUUUAUACCUAAAAUGACAAUAUUUUCAAUACUUACAACGGUAAUGACUAUUUUAGAAUUAUUAGUCACGUUUACUGCACACUGUAAUUGACACUUCGAAUUAUAUUUAGGACAUGUUAAUGCGAUAUGUGGAUUAACUGUGCUACAUAAAAUAUUAAUUAACCAGAGAAGGAAAUAAUCUGGUACAUAAAGGCUGUUAGAAAUUAGAGGUAUAUUAUUGUAAAAGUUAUUUGUAUACUUACUUUAAAUAUGUUUUGUUUUUUAUUACAUUCAUACACCAGCUACUAAUAGAUAACAAGCACUGUAGACACUAUCUAAUAAUAGCUGCAAAUUCUAUAUGCCUCUUCGAAAUAGAUUUUAGUUAACAGUAACAUUUCUUUAAAAAUUAUUGUUACAUACUUUCGCAAAAACGUUUAUUUUACUGGAGUACACCAAGACACAUUCCCAAAAGUGUUGCAGUUUUCUUUUAGAUGUUAACUUCUUUUAAGUGUAUUAACAAAAGGAUCUUUAAUAAUGUCGGUUUUUGAAUGUUUAUGCAAAAUAUUACUGAUUAUUGAUUAUUGGCAAAGACAAUAUACCGUAAGGAAUGCAAAAUUCCGCAUUUGUUAAAGAUUCUAACCAAUGUUUUAUAUUUAUCUUGGUCAUUGGUAUUGUUUAUGGAUAUUUGUAACAUGGAGAUGUAUCUACCUAUAUGUAACAGAAAUAAAUGGAGAAACCUUAAAACCGAUAGAAAUGCAAA